GGAAGCCGAGCUGUCACGACGACCAGCCUGCAGCAUAUAUCCUCCGCUCCCUUACCUCUGUCUGUCUACACCAUAGUCUUAGUCUCGCACCUGUCGCCCAGCAUAUCCGCUUUCCAAGUUUCUUCCAGCGUGCUGCGCCUCCGUCACCCAGAAGAGCACCCCGCCGUCGAUUGGCCCGCCACUUACAACCAGCUACCACUCUGAUUGCUGCUCCGCCUUCCAACGCCUACCAAUUCUCCCGACUGCCUGGCCUUCUUCCCUACAUACCCCGGUGCACCCCUAAAUCCUCCACGCACGAUAUUCCGCACAUCUAGCAGCCAUGGGUAAAUCCCAGAGUAAACUAUCACAGCAAGAGCUGGCCGACCUCCAGAAAGCGACACACUUCGACAAGAAAGAGCUACAGCAAUGGUACAAAGGCUUCUUGAAGGACUGUCCCUCGGGCAUGCUCACCAAGGAGGAGUUCCAAAAGAUCUAUAAGCAGUUCUUUCCGUUCGGGGAUCCGUCGUCAUUUGCAGAUUAUGUCUUCAACGUCUUCGAUGCAGACAAGUCCGGCACAAUCGACUUCAAGGAGUUCAUCUGCGCAUUGAGCGUCACGAGUCGCGGCAAGAUGGAGGACAAGCUAGACUGGGCGUUCCAGCUGUACGAUAUUGAUGGAGACGGCAAGAUCAGCUACGAAGAGAUGCUGGCAAUCGUAGAAGCCAUCUACAAAAUGGUCGGCUCCAUGGUUAAGCUCCCGGAAGACGAAGACACCCCCGAGAAGCGCGUUAAGAAGAUCUUCCGCAUGAUGGACAAGGACGAGAACGGCAGCUUAGACAUGGCUGAGUUCAAGGAGGGCUCGAAGCGCGACGAGACUAUUGUUUCCGCCUUGUCUCUGUACGAUGGUCUUGUGUGAGGAAGAGGGUCGAUACCCAGUGUCAUUUUCUAUGCUUGUUUCGUUAUAGUCGGUAUCACAGCGCAUUUGUGGGAUUGGCAUACCAUUAUUCCCUUGCUGUUAGGGUGGAUGACCUCGCCUUGGCGUACCGGACAUCAUGAAUGAUGUAUACAAAGUGCGCGUUUCGUUUCCGCAGUCGAGAAUGCAACAUCAAUUUCAAAUUUCCUUGCUUGCCCAUAUUGGUCUGACUGUAAGCCUCACCCAUAGAAGCCUAUUUUUGGGUUUGGUUAGUACGAAUUUGUAAAUAAGCGUCUGCAUGGCAUGUCGGGUCUGUGUUCUGACGUGACGCAACCUUGCGGGACGCUUUCUUAGGCGGCCU